GUGGGCUCCGCUAGACCUGUCUGUGGUAGGGUCCAGUUUCUUCAUUUCAGUGUCACUUACAUUUGCAGCUGUUAUCUUCUUCUUUACCAUCUACUCAUACUCUGGAGAAAAAGAGGAGCAAGUAGCCCAGAGAAUGUCGCAAACUCCGGUAAAACAUGAACAUGCUGACACUAUGGGGAUUGGCAAGGCCAUCGCCGUGUUGACAUCUGGAGGAGACGCCCAGGGCAUGAAUGCUGCAGUCCGGGCAGUGGUCCGAGUAGGCAUAUACACGGGUGCCAAAGUGUUCUUCGUUCAUGAAGGCUACCAAGGUCUUGUAGACGGUGGUGACAAUAUUAGGGAAGCAACAUGGGAAAGUGUUUCUAUGAUGCUGCAACUGGGCGGCACAGUGAUUGGGAGUGCCCGGUGCCAGGAUUUCCGCACACGUGAAGGACGCCUGAAAGCUGCACGCAACCUGGUAAAAAGAGGAAUAACAAACUUGUGUGUGAUUGGGGGUGACGGUAGCUUGACCGGAGCUGACACCUUCCGAGCAGAAUGGACCAGUUUGCUGCAGGAUCUGAUUAAAACAGGUGGUAUUACAACAGAAGAAGCCAAUAGAUCCAGUUUCCUGAACAUUGUUGGAAUGGUUGGUUCUAUUGAUAAUGACUUUUGUGGUACCGACAUGACCAUUGGUACAGACUCUGCCCUCCAUAGAAUAAUGGAGAUAGUGGAUGCUAUCACCACCACUGCCCAAAGCCAUCAGAGGACCUUUGUGCUGGAAGUGAUGGGUCGUCACUGUGGUUACCUAGCUCUUGUAACAGCCUUGGCAAGUGGAGCAGACUGGGUUUUCAUUCCAGAAUCUCCACCAGAAGAUGGCUGGGAGGAUCAUUUGUGCAGGAGGCUAACAGAGACAAGAACUCGAGGCUCAAGGCUGAACAUCAUUAUUGUGGCUGAAGGAGCCAUUGACAAGCAUGGCAAGGCCAUCACAUCAGAAGACAUUAAGACUCUGGUUGUGAAACGCCUGGGCUAUGACACGAGAGUCACCAUCCUUGGACAUGUACAACGUGGUGGGACCCCCUCUGCUUUUGACCGUAUCCUGGGAAGCAGGAUGGGUGUGGAAGCUGUCAUGGCCUUACUGGAGGGAACUCCAGAUACACCAGCAUGUGUUGUCAGCCUCUCUGGUAACCAAGCCAUCCGUCUUCCUCUUAUGGAGUGUGUCCAAGUGACAAAAGAUGUCACAACUGCAAUGAAUGAAGGGCGGUUCGAUGAAGCUCUUAAACUUAGAGGAAGGAGUUUCCAGAAUAAUUGGAACGUUUACAAGAUCUUGGCUCACGUCCGUCCACCCACUGCAAAGGUAAGACACCAUUCUCGAAUGAGUUUUGAUCUUUUUCAUCCACUACAACGAGGCUACCGCUACACUUCUAGAAUGAAGAGCCUGGAAGUUUACGUCUGA